AUGUCGCCCGCUUCACCGUCAAAGUCUGCCUUGAAUCCAGCGGCCAUUCCGGUUUCGGCGCGACACACCAAGGGUGGCGUCAUCUUGUCUGAUUGUAUUGCCUCUGGUGCAUUGGGUACGGUUUGGAGUGGUAUCUUGAUCGUGGAGGAUGUUCCGCAGACACAUCACGCCAUCGUCGCGAAAAUAACCACAACAAAGGAAAAGAACGAGGAAUUGUAUCAGGAGGCCAUGUUCUACGAAGGUAUGGCGCACUUGGACCUGCCGGUUGCACGCUACUAUGGCCUAUUCGAGGAUUGUGACGGUAUGACGGUUCUGCUGUUGGAGGAUGCUGGCGUGCAAGUGGAUGAGUUCAAUGAUAUAAGCGAUGGUAUGAAGACGAAAAUUUACGACGCAUUUUGUCGUCUUCAUGAUGCGGGAAUAUCUCAUAACGACGUGGAACCCAGAAACAUCCUGUUGACGCCAUCAGGAGAGGUCAAAGUCGUUGAUUUCCACGUAGCUUCUGAACAUAAAUGUCUAGAAGAUGGAUGUGACUAUUACAAACGACUAAGUCGAUACUUGAACUUUGAGUUAGUGUAG